AUGAACCGCCGCGGAGCUGCACCCAACAUGUAUGCCCUCCAGGGCCACUCUGCCAGGAGAGUCGACCCGAACGAGGGCGCGUUCUCCCGGUUCAUGCGCCAGGAGAUUUGGUCUCCCGAAAAGCUCCCGGGGAACAUCAACAUCCUCACGGGUGUCCUAGUUUUCUUCGGCGGGAUCGCUGCCGUACGGACAUGGGGGGAGCUCAUGAUUCCUGCGUGA